AUGGACGGCCAGAACGCCCUCGGUCUCCCUCCCUCGCUGUCACCCGACGAUCUCGACUCCCUGUCGGAGCUGUCGACGGUGCUGGCCAAGGUCCGUGCCGGCAUCCAGUCAUCGUCGGGCAUCACCACAGACACGACCACGUCAGGCUCGUCGGCGACGAGGAACGCGACGGCGGGCACCGGUAUUCAAGGCAAUGGCGAGCAGCUCUCGUUCAAGGACGUGCCGGGUGCGACCGAUGCCCUCAAGCACAAGCUGCAGCACGCCCGCGCCCAGGUCCGCACCCUGCCGGACAUGACACGCUCCCUCGACGAGCAGCGGUGCGAGAUGAAGGAGCUCGAGGAGAGGAUCAAGCUCCAGCGCGCCCUUCUUGAGAGCCUGCGCGAGGGCGGCGUUCGGUUUGGAAAGGACGACGGGGCAGGAGCCGAUGUGAAGAUGGAGUCGUGA